AAGAAUUUUAUUCAUCCGAGAUGAAGAAAUGGUUGAAAAACGAUCCUUUAGAUUCGGAAAUUGAAAAUAUUGCUAAAGGAUCAUUCAAGAAAGAAAAAGGUUAUGAUGCUGGAAUACGAGGUAAAGGUUACGUUGUCAAUUCUCUUGAAGCCGCAUUAUGGGCUUUUUGGAGUACACACUCGUUUGCGGAAGGUGCUCUAGCAGCUGUAAAUCUUGGUGACGAUACUGAUACAACAGCAGCUAUUUAUGGUCAGUUGGCUGGUGCGUACUAUGGUUUUCGUAAAUUACCACCAGAAUGGGUCGAUUGUGUCUACUCCAAGCGCUUCAUUGAUUGCUUAUGCAAAUGGAUUGCAUACGAAGGAAGUCAACCACACUCCAAUAAUUAA